UAAAACUGAUAAGAUUUGAGAUUUGAGAUUUUUAAUUUCAAUCUCACAAAAUCUGCUUAAACAAAUCUAAUUGUGUUUUAGUAAUUGCUAUUAGUUAAAGAUCAAAUUUUCUUCCGUUACAUUUUAACCCAUUUUUUACUAUUGAGACUCAUUGGAACAACGACUUUUUGAAUUCUUUUUUGUUGCUUAACCAGAUUUGUUAUUGAAAUAAACCUAUCAAUAUAUGCCAACCGGUGGUGUAAAUAUAUCCUCCUGAUUUAAUAUGAAUUCUGAAAAUUCGAUGUACCAAGAACGAUCUUCCAUUGCAGCUCAUUUGGUUGUGCCUAUCCUGAUCAAACCGAUACUUCAAAAGUUGGAGCGAGAAAGUGUUGAUUGUGCUCAUGCCAUAAGAAGUGCCUUGAUCAGGGCUGAGAAUUCAUCUCCUGGAAUUCUGCUUGAAUUAGUGAAUGCUAUGGUCAAGAAAGCUGAUAUCUCGGUAAAUAUUAUUGAGUCCCUGUUAAGGCUUCAAGGGACCAUUCCUGAAUUUGAUGAUUAUUUUAUUCGCCGUCGUGAAGAACCUUUCCAAGAAUUGAAUAAAAAAUCAGUCAUCUUAAGGAAAAUUUUGUCUCGCAUACCCGAUGAAAUUAAUGACAGGCCAAUCUUCCUUGCCACUAUAAAAGAAAUUGCCAGUGCUAUCAAGAAAAUUAUGGACUGUAUCAAUGGAAUUUCUAGCUAUACUUAUGAAAUUUCUGACAAACAAGUAUUAGACAUUCGUAAACGUGAAUUCAUCAAAUAUUCCAAAAGAUUUAGUACUACACUUAAAGAAUUUUUCAAAGAAGGAGAGUGCACAAGCGUCUACAUCAGUGCAGCUCACCUCAUUCAUCAAACCAAUCUUCUUCAUAUUACGGUCAAAGAUAAAUGCGAUCAUCUCCAUUAAUAAUCUAUGCAAAACUGUCCAAAACUUUAUUAGUUAUUGUUAAAGUAAAUACGUUAUUUAAAAUUUUAAUACGAAUAUUUAUAUUCUAUGCUAAAAAAAUUAAAUGAUUAGAUCACUUUUUGAUAAAUCAUAUUUUUGUCGCAAAUAAUAGCUGAACUAUUCUCAUGGAUUCUGAAUGCAGAAAUAAACCAUUACAUAUUCAAUCAGUUCAA